UUCAGUAUUUCAAGAUUUUUAUUUAUUCGUAAUAUUGGUGAAACUGAAUUAUUUUACAAAUAGUCCGUCGGAUUCAGCCUUUGCCUUAUACUCACAUUUAAUUAUACCGGCGCUUUGAAGUCAGAAUAAUCGGAGAAAGGCACAUCCAAUCAGAAGCUUCGUUAUGACGUGAAUUUUUGGUAUUGGGACUUUCGAUUCGAUAAUAAUGUCCCCCCUCUCGUUCCAGCUGGUGACCUGUAAAGACCACUACGUUUAAAUUGGAGUAUAGCCUCAGUUAAUACACAUCUGAAGCAUGAAAUUACGUACGAAGAGUAGUGAAACGAAUGUGAAAAGAAAAAGUUCAAAAGAAGGGUUUAUUGAUCAUUCAGUUGAGUAAUUGCAUAUCGCCGAUUACAUACUAAUGUUUUUCACCAUUUAAGAGUUCAUUUCUUAGAAAUGUUUUAAUUAAAGCGCCAAGUGUUCACUGACAUAUUCGCGUGACAUUCGAAUGUGUAAGAAGACGUGUGUGUAAAUGCCUUUACUUUCAAAACGAAUGUGGAAUGGUUCCUUUUAAUUUAGAGUUAUUUUUUUAGUAUUUUUCCUUUGAGUGCUUAACAUUUUGGAGCAAGAAUUGUGAAUUUUAAAUAGUGAAGAUGGCAACUAGAAGUCUGACAGAAGUAUUUAUCUUAAUGCGUAAUAAUGCAAUGCAAAAUCGUCAUAUUUACUCUGAACAGCACAUGUCUGACAGAAUGUCACUUGUGGGUGGAGAUGUAGAACUUGGGAUGGAAUUAAGACGUAGUGGAGGUGAGUCUCGGAUGCCACCUGCAUGGGUGGAUAAUUUGGAAGAAGCUCAGUAUUCAAUGACCCGUCUACGAGCCAAGCUCCGAGAACUGGAGAGCUUGCAUGCUCGACAUUUGCAUCGACCUACUCUAGAUGAUUCAUGUGAAGAAGAACAGCUGAUUGAAGCUCUGACACAAGAAAUUACUAGAAUGUUUAGCUCAACCCACCGACUUGUCCAACAGAUUCGUCACCAGAGUAAUGAAGGGAGUCGUCGAGAAAAGAAAUUAUCAUACAAUGUGGUUUCAUCUCUUGUUUCUUCCUUACAAGAGCUUUCUAAUGCAUUUCGGAAAGCGCAAAAUUCUUAUCUCAGAAAACUUAAUUCACGGGAAGAACGUUCAAGGCAAUAUUUUGAUCAGGGGUUUACUCCUAAUGCUGACUGGGAGUUGGACAAUGAUGUAGAAAACAUUGAUAGAGAGUUCGGAAGUAGUGGAAUGUCUUUGUCACAACAACAGCAGCUGCUACUGUGGGAAGAGGAAAAUACCCGAGUAGUGCAACAGAGAGAACAAGAAGUGAAUCAGAUUGUGCGGUCUAUUGUAGAUCUCAAUGAUAUUUUCAAGGAUCUUUCUCACAUGGUCGUAGAUCAGGGUACUAUGUUGGACCGCAUUGACUACAACAUUGAACAAACUCAAACUCAGGUACAUCAAGGUUACCAACAACUUCAGAAGGCUGAAAAUUAUCAGAAGAAAAAUAGAAAAAUUGUGUGUAUUUUAAUACUUGCCUUAGUUACUCUCGUACUGACACCUUGUCAGAUUACUGUGAACAGUGACAUCUAG